GUGCCGGGUAGCAAGAUCUCAGCCAUGGCUUCCGCGGACUCCCGGUGGAUGGGGAAUGGCGGCAGUGUCGGGGGCGCCUUCCAGCUCUACCUGGACUCCUUGCGGCAGGAACUACGGCAGAGGGACCCGACGCUGCUGUCAGUCGUGGUGGCGCUUGUCGCCGUGCUGCUGACGCUGGUGUUCUGGAAGUUCAUCCGGAGUAGGAGCAGUCAAAGAGUUGUUCUUCUUGUUGGCCUUUGUGACUCCGGGAAAACAUUGCUUUUUGUCAGAUUGUUAACAGGCCUUUACAGAGAUUCCAUCAUUGACAGCUCUGCUGUCUACAGAGUCAACAAUAACAGGGGCACUAGCCUGACCUUGACUGACCUCCCUGGCUAUGAGAGCUUGAGACUUCAGUUCUUAGAGCGGUUUAAGACUUCAGCCAGGGCUAUUGUGUUUGUUGUGGAUAGUGCAGCCUUCCAGCGAGAGGUGAAAGAUGUGGCAGAGUUUCUGUAUCAAGUCCUCCUUGACAGUAUUGGUCUGAAGAACACACCAUCAUUCUUUUCCCACACACCAUCAUUCUUAAUUGUGUGCGAUAAGCAAGACAUUACAAUGGCAAAAUCAGCAAAGUUAAUUCAGCAGCAGCUUGAAGAAGAAAUCAGUACUUUACGAGUCACCCAUUCUGCUACCCCCAGCAUACUGGACAGUUCUAGCACUGCCAGUGCUCAGCUGGGAAAGAAAGGCAAAGAAUUUGAAUUCUCACAGUUGCCCCUCAAAGUGGACUUCCUGGAGUGCAGUGCCAAGGGCGGAAGAGGGGACGCUGGCUCUGCUGACAUCCAGGACUUGGAGAAGUGGCUGGCUAAAAUCGCCUGAAGGCCAGAUCCAAACACAAGACGCGAAUGUGUGUGUGUGUGACUGACAGUUUUGGAAAAGGAUGUGGUAGUAUGGAGUUGAUAAAGAAGGGGUGCAAAUAUAGUUAGGAACUUUUCCUUGUUCUGGAAACAAAUUAUUGUUGAAACCAGUGUGGAAGUUUUUAAGUUCAGUUCUCCCUUAUUGCUUUCAAGCUAGUUAGUUUUGUUUGAUUCGUGUCUUCCCUUUUCAAAGUGUAUGUAAGGUCCCUUUAGCAUAUGCUUGAUGUAAGGUCAAGGUCUAACAAGCCGACCUCACAUAGAGAGGAUAUUAUCGUGAGAAUAUAAUAUCAUCUAAAAUGUUUUCUUGUCCUCUGCUUCUGUGCUUUGGUCUCUUUUUCCUGGAAACAAACCUGUCUGUGUAUGGAACUAGGUGAUUUCCAGUUGCCUUUGACAUUCAUGGGUAGUACAUCAUCUAGUCCUCUGAAUUUUCAGAUU